CCUCAUCAUCUUGCCCUUUUCCUUCCUCUUUCCUUUCUUGUUAUCUCCCUCUUCUUCCCUCUUCUAAAUGUUCUCUCUCUGCUUGAACUAACACUUCAAGCCCACUUCCUAGCUGAAGCAACCUCACUCCCUUUCUCUCUUCUGGUUUCUGGUCACCUGAAUGCCGGAAAACAUGAGUAUUUCUGUGAAUGGACAAUCUCAGGUCCCCCCUGGCUUCAGAUUCCAUCCCACCGAAGAGGAGCUUUUGCAGUACUACUUGAGGAAGAAAGUUUCCUACGAGAAGAUUGACCUCGAUGUCAUUCGUGACGUCGAUCUCAACAAGCUCGAGCCAUGGGAUAUUCAAGAGAAGUGUAAGAUAGGAACCACCCCGCAGAACGAUUGGUAUUUCUUCAGCCACAAAGACAAGAAGUACCCCACCGGCACAAGAACCAACCGAGCAACGGCCGCCGGAUUCUGGAAAGCCACCGGCCGGGAUAAGGUGAUAUACAGCAACGGGAAGAGGAUCGGAAUGAGGAAGACUCUUGUCUUCUACAAAGGCCGAGCCCCUCAUGGCCAGAAAUCUGAUUGGAUCAUGCACGAAUAUCGAUUGGAUGAUAACCCCAGCGACACCAACAUCGUGCCGAAUGUGAUGGGAGAUGGAGCCCAGGAAGAAGGAUGGGUGGUGUGCAGAAUAUUCAAGAAGAAGAACCAUCUGAAAACCCUAGACAGCCCCUUGGCUUCGUCCAUUAUUACCGGAGAUAGCAACAGAAGAAGCCACAUCUUCGAUUACUCCUGCGAGGACGAAGGAGCUUUAGAGCAGAUACUUCAGCAAAUAGGAAGAAGCUGCAAGGAAGAGAACGAAGCGAAUUACAGCAACAAUGGAAGAUUCACUCUGUCAAGCUUCAACAGUGGCGGUAAUAAUAACAGUUCUAACAACUACAAUGAAAGGUUCUUGAAGCUCCCAAGCUUAGAAAGUCCAAAGUCCACAAGCCUAGAGAAUAAUAAUAAUACCAUUAUCGACACCAACAGUGGGUACCACCCUAUGAUUCCAGAGAUGGAAGGCUCCUUCCCGACCGUUCAUAACAUGGAUGCAUCUAAUGGCGGAAGACUCGCCAAAUGGGCGGCUCUGGAUCGUCUUGUUGCUUCGCAGCUCAAUGGCCAGACCGAGUCUUCAAGGCAGCUUGCUUGCUUCAGUACUGACCCCGCGAGCAGCGCCAUGAUGAUGGGUUACUGUGCUAACGACGUCGUUCAGGAUCUGCAAAUGGCCACCCUACGAUCUUCCUCAUCAUCGACGUCAACGUCCACACACAGAGCGGCGUACGUGAGUCCUCACGCACAAGAUUACAAUAGCAGCGACAUUGACCUAUGGUGCUUUCCCAGAUCAGCAUCAUCGUUGUUGUCGUCGUCCUCAGAGCCCCUUUGCCACGUGUCGAACACGUCAGUGUAACAUGUCAGAAUUAAAUAUAAAAAUAAUCUUGUUAUUAUUAGCUCUUGUUUUCUCAAGUCAGAGGAAUAUUAUGAUGAUGAUUAUUAUUACAGACAGUUAAUUUUUUUGUUUUCUUUUCUGGCCAGAAAUGUGAUAAUUAAAUGCUGGUAGUCCUUUAACGGGGAAUCAGUAGAAUAUUAUUAUGUGAGAUAAAUAAGAAAAGUUGAUUUUUUUUUUCC